AUGGCGGCUGCGCCCCCCCGCCUCCCACUCGCGGGGUGCAGGAGUCCCSUGGGGGCUGCAUUGCCCAGAUCCUCUCUUUUGGGUGCCGGGAUCGCCAGGAUCGGCCACUCAGCCCGGGRUCCACGGGCUGAGACCGUCCGCGACUCCAUGCACCGAUGUGCGGGCCGAUUCUCCCCUCCGCAGCCCAGGGGAGGAGCCUCCUCUGCCCUCACCGGAGGGGCGGCCUCUUUCCGCUGCAUCCUGAAUCUCGAAGAAACGAAACCAGCACCUCUGCRCCCCUCCCUCCGGUGCCUAYACCUCCCGGACCAYCACGCGUUCUGCCUGCGCCGCCGCCGGUGUCCCCGAGCCCGAGGGAUGCAGCCGUCGACGCACUCGUACGAGGUGCUGCCGGCGGGGGUGACCAUGGAGGAGCUGCCCCGGAGCACCACGGUGACGAUGGAGGAGCCGCCGCCGAAACCGCCCCGGGAUCACCUGGUGUGGUCCAUCUGCACCAUCCUGUACGGCAAUGUCUGCUGCCUCGGCCUUCUGGCGCUCGUCUUCUCCGUCAAGUCCAGGGACCGCAAAGUGCUGAGUGACAACAGCGGAGCGCUGAGCUACGGCUCCACGGCCAAGUACUUGAACAUCGCGGCCCUGGUGAUCAACAUCAUCAUCGUCAUCAUCGUCAUCAUCGUCGUCGUGGUCCUGAUUGUCGCCAGUGCCAAUGCCUCAUCGUACCGGUACCGGUACUAAGGCCCCACUUAGUCCGCUCCUUGCCCGCUGAUGCAUCCACCCACCCUCGACACCCGCACCCUCAGAACUGGGUGCACCCUCCGUGUGCCCCUCCCGACCCCRCUGUAGCCCACUCGCUGCUUUGCUCUGGGUCUGGAGCCCCAGCUGCCACAAAAAAAUCCCGAGACGUAGCACCUGUUUCAGAGAAAUCAUGCCCCAAAUAAAGAUUUCACUUUGU